AUGUCGGACGCCGAGGACCCUGGUACUUCCGGAGCAGCCCCGCCACCCAACGAUGAAGGGAGCAACGCCCGCUCACGACUGCUGGAGCUGGCAAAGCGCAAGAGACAGGAACAGGAGGAAGCAGAGAAUGCUGCGGCAGCGAAGAAGGGACACUCCGUAGCUAUCGACUUUGGAGACAGUGAGGAUGAAGAAGACGUUGCAGGGCUUCCAGAACCUCCAAAGGAACAAGUCAACAUCGCCGACCUCUUUGGAGACGAUGAGGAUGAGCAGGAGCUUGCGGCCCCCACAGAGGCCGACCGGGCGUUCAUAGAUGAUACGGGGGUGGCUGAGGAUCAGCAAAUUGACUUCGGUGAUGAUGACGAGCAGCAGUUCAACAAAGACGACGAGGCAGUCGAGUCUGAUCUGGAGGAUGAGCUGGACAAGUUGUUUACAAAGCGGAAGAGACGCGAGUCAAACACUGAUUAUGAGAAUAAGGCACUGGUCGAUAGCUUCCUGGCUCAGAUGGAGGUAGCAGUGGAAGAGGACAUGAAGGACUACGAGCAAGGGAGGCCUGCAACGCACAAGCUGAGGAUGUUGUCGCGAGUGCAAGACCUGCUCUCAACGCAGAAGCUUCACAACGAGCUGUUGGACGGGGGCUUCUAG